AUGAUUUAUAUUUUAAAAAAUUUUAUAAUAAUAUUAUUUUUUUUAUUAAUUAUUUUAAAACGAAUCGAAUCUCAAUCUCUACCAUCUCUACCAUCUCCCACAAUUUAUAAAUCAUCACAAUGUAGAGGUGAUUUGGUGUAUAGAAAUGUAUCAAAUAGAAUGGAAGAUGAAAAAAUUGGUUUUACUUUUGUACAAUAUAAUGGAACCUAUCAAUCUUGUGUAAUACCUUGUCCAUCACCAUUUUUUACACUUGAUGAAUGGAACAAAUUUUUAUAUAUGUCAUUAGUAAUGGGUACAAUUUCAUUUUUAUGUGGAUUAUUUCUUUUAAUAACCUAUAGUCCAAUUGUAAAUAAAACACAUAAUAGACAUACCAUUGGUGUAAUGUGUAUGAGCUUUGGUGUUUGUUUAGCAAUGUGUUCAGAUAUGUGGAAUUUUGGUUCAAAUUUUACUGAUCAAAAAUCAAUUUGUCCUUCACCUGGUCAAUAUUUAACAACCUCAAAUUCAAGAUGUUUAGGUUCGGGAAUUGUCUUACAAUUUGGAGGAGUUUUUGGGUUUUUAAAUUGGACAUUACUUAGUUUCGAUUUAUUUAUGAAUAUAAAAGGAAUAAUUACAAAAAAUUAUGAUAAAUAUUAUUUUGUUGCAACAUUUAUUAUUGCAAUUAUAUUUACAUUUGUACCAAUUGUUAAUGACCAAUAUUCAAUGAGUUAUAUAGGAUUAGGUUGUUGGUUAGGUUCUGCAGUGUAUCAAUUAAUUUUCUUUUGGAUAUUAUUAUCAAUUUGUUUAAUCGUAUCAAGUGUAUUUAUAAUUUUAAUUUUAAAAGAAAUUUAUAUAAUAAUUAAACAAUCAAAACAAAAAACUUCAUUAAAAGGUAAUAUAAGACCAUUAUUAUGUAUUACAGUUACUAGUUUUGCAUUUUUUUAUAUGUUUUUUUAUUAUAUAUCAAUUGUAAUCGAAGGUGAUUAUUAUGAAAGAAUAUUAAAUGAAUAUACUGAUUGUUUAAUGGAUCCAACAAAAGAUGUUUCAGAAUGUAAAUUUCCAAGAAUGUCAGUAGCAAAUGAAUUUGUAUUUUUAUUAUGUUUAAGAUUAUUAGGAAUCGGUGCCUUUAUAUUUUAUGGUAUAAACAAAGAAGUUAAAAAAAUAUGGUUAAAUUCAUUUUGGUUUAAUAAUAGUUUUGUUGGUAAAUAUAUUGGCAGUAAAAGGUCAAUGGGUAAUGAUAUUACAAAUUCUUAUGCGUCAAAAGCAUAUAGUAAAAAUUAUAAUAAUAAUAAUUCUAUUAAUUCAUAUAAUUCAGGUUUAGAAUUAUCAAUAAUAGACAUGUCCUGUAAUAAAGAUGAUAAUUUUAAGCCAAUAAUCAUAAAAUGA